GUUUAAGUCCAGCAGAUUCUUUUCUUCGCAGUAAUGAGCUCAGUAUGAAAGAAGAUUCCCGUCUAAACUUGCUAGAUGAUGGCACGUUAAUGAUUCAGAAUACUCAAGAAACAGACCAAGGCAUUUACCAGUGCAUGGCAAAAAAUGUGGCUGGAGAAGUGAAAACUCAGGAAGUUACUCUUAGAUACUUUGAGUCACCAGCCCGGCCAAGUUUUGUGAUUCACCCACAAAAUACUGAAGUGCUAGUUGGAGAGAGUGUUACCUUGGAGUGCAGUGCAACCGGGCACCCUCAGCCACGAAUUACCUGGACCAAAGGUGACAGAACGCCUUUACCAAGUGACCCUCGUGUCACGAUAACUCCGUCAGGAGGACUUUACAUACAAAACGUGAAGCAGGAAGACAGUGGCGAGUAUACCUGUUUUGCAACUAACAGCAUAGAUAAUAUCCAUGCGACAGCGUACAUCAUCGUCCAAGCUCUACCUCAGUUUACUGUCACUCCUCAAGACAAAACAGUGAUUGAGGGACAAACUGUUGAUUUCCCUUGUGAAGCACAAGGCUAUCCCCAGCCUGUUAUUGCCUGGACUAAAGGAGGAGGCCAGUUGUCUGUUGACAGAAGACACUUAGUUUUAUCCUCUGGAACACUAAGGAUUUCCAGGGUUGCUCUGCAUGACCAGGGACAGUAUGAGUGCCAAGCUGUCAACAUUAUCGGAUCUCAACGAAUUGUCGUAUACCUGACAGUACAGCCUAGAGUGACUCCUGUAUUUGCCAGCGUUCCCAGUGACAUGACAGUAGAGGUUGGCUCAAACGUGCAGAUCCCUUGCAGUGCUCAAGGAGAGCCAGAGCCAGUAAUUACAUGGAAUAAGGAUGGAGUACAGGUAACUGAGAGUGGAAAAUUUCAUGUUAGUCCAGAGGGAUUUCUUACCAUUCGUGAUGUUGGAACAGCUGAUGAGGGUCGAUAUGAGUGUGUUGCCCGAAAUACCAUAGGAUACUCCUCUGUUAGUAUGGUGCUUAGUGUUAACGUCCCUAAUGUCAGCCGAAAUGGAGAUCCUUUUGUACAAACAUCAAUUGUGGAAGCAAUUGCAACUGUCGACAGAGCAAUAAAUUCAACACGUACACAUCUGUUUGACAGUCGUCCUCGUUCUCCAAAUGAUUUGCUAGCCUUAUUUCGAUACCCAAGGGAUCCAUACACUGUUGAGCAAGCAAGAGCUGGGGAAAUAUUUGAAAGGACAUUACAGCUUAUUCAAGAUCAUGUGCAAGAUGGUCUAAUGGUUGACCUGAAUGGAACAAGUUAUCACUAUAAUGACCUUGUAUCCCCACAGUACUUGAAUCUGAUAGCUAAUCUCUCAGGCUGUACAGCCCAUCGACGAGUGAACAACUGCUCAGAUAUGUGCUUCCACCAGAAGUACAGGACACAUGAUGGAACAUGCAACAACCUUCAGCAUCCCAUGUGGGGCGCUUCUCUGACAGCCUUUGAACGUCUGUUAAAGUCAGUCUAUGAAAACGGAUUUAAUUUGCCUCGGGGAAUUGAACCCAAAAGGCUCUCUAAUGGCUACCCACUCCCAAUGCCUCGCUUGGUUUCAACUACUCUGAUUGGAACAGAAACGAUAACUCCUGAUGACCAGUACACUCACAUGCUCAUGCAGUGGGGUCAGUUUCUUGACCACGACCUUGACCUCACCGUGGCUGCCCUAAGUGAGGCCAGGUUUUCAGAUGGUCAGCAUUGCAGUUCAGUUUGUACAAACGAUCCUCCAUGCUUUUCAAUCAUGAUACCACCAAACGAUCCCAGAGUUCGAAAUGGUGCACGCUGCAUGUUUUUUGUACGCUCCAGUCCAGUUUGUGGAAGUGGCAUGACAUCUCUCCUGAUGAAUUCUGUGUACCCAAGAGAACAGAUCAACCAGCUGACUUCAUACAUCGAUGCGUCCAAUGUGUAUGGCAGUUCAGACCAUGAAGCAUUAGAAAUCAGAGACUUGGCGAGUCAAAGGGGUCUUCUAAGACAGGGCAUCGUACAGAGAUCUGGCAAACCCCUUCUUCCGUUCGCUACUGGCCCACCAACAGAAUGUAUGAGAGAUGAAAAUGAGAGCCCAAUUCCCUGCUUUUUAGCUGGUGAUCAGCGUUCUAACGAACAGCUGGGUCUUACCAGCAUCCACACGUUGUGGUUUAGAGAACACAACAGAAUUGCCACAGAGCUACUGAAACUCAAUCCACACUGGGAUGGUGACACAAUAUAUCACGAAACACGCAAAAUUGUUGGUGCAGAAAUGCAACACAUAACAUUUAGCCACUGGCUACCUAAGAUCUUUGGAGAGGUAGGCAUGAAGAUGCUUGGCGAAUAUAAGGGUUAUGAUCCCAGUGUUAAUUCUGGCAUAACUAAUGAGUUUGCAACUGCCGCUUUUAGGUUUGGUCACACACUCAUUAAUCCUUUUCUGUAUCGACUGGAUGAAAACUUUGAACCUAUUCCACAAGGCCAUCUACCUCUUCAUAAGGCAUUCUUCUCUCCAUUUCGGAUUGUAAAUGAAGGAGGCAUUGAUCCACUUCUAAGGGGAUUGUUUGGUGUUGCUGGUAAGAUGCGUGUCCCAUCACAAUUACUCAAUACAGAAUUAACAGAAAGACUCUUCUCCAUGGCACGUACUGUGGCUUUAGAUCUGGCAGCUAUGAAUAUUCAGAGAGGCAGAGAUCAUGGAAUUCCUCCCUACCAUGAUUUUAGAGUUUACUGUAAUCUUUCUUCAGCUCAGACUUUUGAAGAUCUGAAAAAUGAAAUUAAGAAUCCUGAAAUCAGGGAGAAACUUAGCAGGUUAUAUGGUUCCCCACUGAACAUAGACCUAUUUCCUGCUCUAAUGGUAGAAGACUUAGUUCCAGGGAGCCGACUGGGGCCAACUUUGAUGUGUCUGUUAAGCACACAGUUUAGGCGUAUUCGGGAUGGAGACAGGUUAUGGUAUGAAAAUCCGGGUGUGUUCACGCCUGCUCAGCUCACUCAGAUCAAGCAGACAUCUCUUGCCAGAGUUUUGUGUGACAAUGGUGACAACAUAACCAGAGUACAACAUGAUGUCUUUAAGGUGGCUGAAUUCCCACAUGGAUAUAGUAGCUGUGAAGAUAUUCCUAAACUGGACCUCAGGAUGUGGCAAGAUUGCUGUGAAGACUGUAGAACUAGAGGACAGUUUAAUGCAUUUUCAUAUCACUUUCGGGGAAGACGUUCUCUAGAUUACAGCUUUCAGGAGGACAAGCCCUUGAAGAAAAUCAAAAUAUCCAAAACAGUAAGUUCUGUGAAGCAGAGUAAAUAUUUUCGUAAUGCCACAUCAGCAUCUAAAGAAAAUACAAACAUGCCUGCAGUGAAUGACUUCAAAGAAUUUGUUUUGGAAAUGCAAAAAACUAUUUCAGGCCUCAGAAAUCAGAUAAAAAAACUUGAAUCACGCCUCAGUAAAACUGAUUGCACUGAUGAAAAGGGUAAAUCAUAUUCCAGCAAUGAAACCUGGAAAAGGGACCCUUGUACUGUGUGUGAAUGCAAAGUUGGUCAGAUUACCUGUUUUGUAGAAUCCUGCCCGCCAGCUGACUGCAAAGCACCUGUGAAGGUUAAAGGAGAUUGCUGUCCAGUCUGCUUAAAACAAAAUAGUAAUAAAAAGAAGCCAUAAGUCUGCUUUUUAAGAAUUUAAGGUGCAUACUCCUCAAAUCAUAUCAAUGCCUACUGAUGGCAAAAGCAGGUAACUACAGUCUUAACAGCAAGAAAUCAAGAUUUACAAUAUUCUAAUGGUGCUGUAACAGUAUAACAUAAUGUAUCAUUUUAUUUUCUGCCCAUGAAGGUAAUCACAAUGCAAAAAUUAACAAAAGGGAAAUUAGCAAACAGGUCAAAGUUAAUUGUGUGUUAAACUUCUC